AUGGCCGGCGCUCAGAAACACACUUCCACGCAUCCUGCGGUGCCGCCAGAACGACGCACCAGCGCUCACGUCAAAGUGGGAUCCAAGACUACCCCCAAACGCUACGCGCGCUCCGGCGUUGGACCGUUCACUCUCUGCAACCGCCUUACAGCCAAGCAAGCCUACGACCAGCUCUCGAUAGACAUGAAGGACGUCUUCAGCAGCUCCAUGCCAUAUGCGCUGUUCUUGAACAAGUUCCAUCCUGCUCGCUCCGACAGGCCGCCUCUACCUAAGCUCAAGUUUACGGUAUUGCUGGGCUGUGAGCUGAAACAGUAUCCUGUUUCUGGAUACCAAAAAGGCAAAGAUACUGUCUCGGACGUCUGUCACGCCAUCAACGUCAGCGGGGUCUGCCCGUCCAUCGAGUUUAUCAGCACCGAGAACGUCUACAUCAAUAUGGACGGGAGCCUAGCUGAAGGCGAUCCUCAAGACAAGUUGAAGGUAGACGCUAGCGGCAUGGCCAAGACUCCGAACUCUCAGCACCCUAAAGACGGUCAAGCCUCCGUCAUCAUUACUCCCAAGUGGGAGCGUAUGCGUGUUACGAUGGAGUUCAAGCUCUUGAUUGAGGAUGUCGUAGUGGACCCGGAUACGGAGGUGGAGGAGGUUGUGAGGAAGCUGCAGGGCGUCGUUCAUCAAACCGAGAGAGCUCACCUUGCUCGCGGUCAGGCGUCGACCUACGUGCUUCACCAGUUCGGCCGUCAGUCCCGCACUGCUGUUACGUCGAUCCUCAUUCUCGAGAACUGGGCUCGCUUGCUACGCUACGACCACGCUGGCGUUGUGGUUUCCGAGCGCUUCGACUGGCGCGCCAAUGACGGCGAGCUUCUGGCCGAGUUCCUCUCCCGCCUCGAGCACGGUACGCCUCAGGAGGAAGGCAUCGACGACUCCGUCGGAGAUCUCUCCGCUUUCGGCGGUGAAGACUCGGAGGUCGUCAAGGACGCGCGCAAGGCCAUGCAGGAGUUCUCGGACGGCAUGAUCGCUGUGCCCAUCACCGAUGACGCUCCGCUCCGCUCGGUCGAGUGCUGGGACGACAGUCAGCUCGGCGACGAUGGUCUGCCAAUGUCGCGCACACUCAUCGCCACGCAGCCCUUGGGGCUCAACUUCUCCAUCGUCGGCCGCUACACCGUCAGCUUCAUCGGCUACGACGCUGAGAAGCGUUGCGCGUACUGGGUCAAGGACUCGUGGCCGAUCAACGACCCCGAGUUCACGAAGGAGGGAGAGAUAUACAAGCGGUUGAAGGACGCGGGCGUUCCUCAUCUUGCUGAGAUCGAGUGCGCCGGCGAAGUUCGCUGGAAGGCGAACAAGGCGGUGCAAAGGACCCGGACGGACGAGUUCGCCAAGGAAGGAUGGUCGGGACUCACCGCGAACAUUCACCCGCUCUCCCACUAUCGCAUCCUGUUCAAGGAUAUCGGACGUCCCGUCAGCAAGUUCAAGUCUACGCAACAGCUUGUCACCGCUCUCUCUCACGCCAUCAAGGCUCACUCCGUCGCAUACGAGAAGGCCCACGUUCUGCAUAGGGACAUCUCCCCCAACAACAUCCUCAUCAAGAGGAACGGCGACGGGAUGCUCAUUGACUGGGAUCUCGCCCUCUUGUACGGCAAUCUCCCAAAGGAUAUGGCCAAUCGCAGGCCUCGCAUGUUAUGGAGAACUGGAACGUGGGCAUUCCUUUCAAUCUCGCUUCUCAAGAAGCCGUUCAGCAAAACGCAUGAGCUUUGCGACGACCUGGAAUCCUUCUUCUGGGUCCUGCUCUAUGUCGUGCUUCGCUACCGAUAUGGACCUGUCAAAUGGCUCGAAUCUGCGAGUGACGGGACGUUCCAGCAGUAUAUGUUGGAACUCUUUGAGUCUAAGUCGAUCGACGGAAGCGGAAUCACAAUCGGAGGAACUCAAAAGGAGCUUUUCCUGAUGGGGGCGCCAGGUCAGCUCUCAGAGACAGAAUUCGUGACGAUGAAGGACGUCUCUAGGAAAGGCAUGCCUGCUCCUCUCCGGGAGUUGCUCGUCGCUCUACGUCAGGAAUGGAACAAGUUCUACCAGGCUAUGAAUGCGCCUGAUCAGGCUGCUCUUGAUGCGGCAGCGAGGGCUGACAUUGCUGCAACUGACGCGGAGGACGAGUACGACGAGUACGGCGACGAAGAUGACGAUGCCGACGCACUCCCCGAGCCCCCGCGGCCCCCUCAAGCCACGCAAUCAUCAUCAUCGCAUCUGACGACACGCACGGUGCCUACCCUCUUCGACACAUCCACGUACCUUCUCGGGCGCUUUGAACGCGCUGCCGCAGCCAAGUGGCCCCGCCGCCCUAUGUCGGAUUCAUCUAUUGACCGCUUUCCUUACAUCCACCUUCCCACAACGACGCGCCAGAGCUUGCAAGAGACGGUCCCGCCGAUUCACGCGACGCGCAGUGACAACCCCCAGCACAGGCGCGCGGGCGAUCCGUCCAACAACCUGCACGACCGGCCGACUCGCGAACAGUUGGCGGAGUCCGCCCGGGCACGGGCAGGCGGCGACUUCUACACACUUCCUUUACCUGGGCGCUCGGAGUCUCCUCGCGGGCAGAAGCGAGCGCGGGAGAGCGCACUGGAUUCCAUCCCCGAGGAGAGGGAGCCCAAGGUGGCCAAGUACGAGGCGCAGGUGAUCACUUUGAAGCGUCAAGACGCUGGCCCACCCAACGAGGUCUAUGUCCGAGAUGCCGAAGGUAACAUCGUCAAGGACGAACAAGGAUUCCCGAAGAUUACCGAGGCCUGGAGCGCCACAUUCUGA